AGGGGCAUGUGUGUUUGGUAAAAAGUGGGACUUACGAGUGUGAGGAGGGAGUUGCCAAAAGUUUUCACAAAAAGAGUUGCACACACUACUUCAGAAUCUGCUAGCUGAGCCUCAACAGUAACUUACACACAGCCAUGCUGGUUAAUAUGCAUACUGAUGUGUGUUCUUGAUAUGUGCAUGUAUGUAUGUUGAAGAGAAGAGAAGAGAAGAGAAGAGAAGAGAAGAGAAGAGAAGAGAAGAGAAGAGAAGAGAAGAGAAGAGAAGAGAAGAGAAGAGAAGAGAAGAGAAGAGAAUGGGGUAAAGGAAAAAAAGCUAAACUUCUAGUUUGAAAUGAUGAACUAAGGAGAGCAGAGACACGUGGUGGACAGACUACUGGAUGGACAUGUGCAGAGAUCGCCUCACCUUGGGAUUGCUGCUGCGUUUGGGUGUUCUGCUUACUGCCGUAUGCGUGUGCAUUCAUGUUUACCUGGACAUGGGCUGGCAGGGCACCGCUGCACCCCUCACUCUGGGACGUCCCACCCAGUCCAGUCACAACUGGGGUCAACAAAGCAGAACAAAAGUGAUUUCUGCAGCAACACAAGAGCAAGACAAAGACAUAAAAAAGAGAAUCUCUCAUGUUCGCACUCUGAAAAAAGAAAGUCUGACUAGGAAGAGGGAUCAAGAUGGAGAAGAUCCUUUACAACUAUGCUGCCCACCUCUACACCUACAGAGAAAGACCCCGAGGUGGCACAUAGAUCUGCAGCCAUGGGCCAGUGAGAAUCACUCCUUGGAGGAUGAAGCUAAAAGGUUCCUCAGCUACAUCACAACUCCACAAGUGUCAUGUGCAUCAGUACCUGGUAAAGACGCUCCCCAGGAGGGGUAUAGCAGAGACUGGGCUGUGUGCCUGGAUCCCAAGUACAGUCUGGUCCACAGGAUACAGAGCAAACACUGCAGGGUCUACUCUUUUGGGUUGGGAAUGAAAGAUCGAUCCUUGGAGCGUUUUCUGUCUAGGUCAGGUUGUGAGGUCCACUGUUUUGAUCCGAGCCUGAAGCAGCCUCACCUUCAAGAAGCUGAAAUAUGGCUCCAUCGGCUCUCUGUAGACUGGAGAGACCCCAAUCCAGCGAUCGCUGCCCAGCGUCAGUACACAAACACCAAGAAAGUGGCCGCAAUUCUUAAUGAUUUUGGACACAGUGAGGUAGAUGUACUAAAAGCAGAUAUGGAGAGUGCAGAGUGGAAGAUUCUGGAGAAUUUGGUCCUGGAGGGAGUCCUGGACUCAGUGGGUCAGCUGCUGAUAGAGCUUCAUCUGCAUUGGGCGGGUUUUGAAGUAGGCGGUGAUGACCCAUCUGUGGUGCGGUACUGGUACAGCCUGCUCAAGGAGCUUGAACAUGCCAGCUUCCAUCUUUUCCAUGUCCACAGCGACCCAGCCAAACCUCACCUCUUUCUGCACAAGAACAUUCUCAAUGCCAGCAGUGCUUACACCUUGAGCUGGGUGAACACACAUUGGAGGCCUUCAAGGAUGUCAGAUAAACAUAAAAACUUCACGUGAUUUUAAAUCUUCUGCAUCUAAAUUCGAGAACAAAUUUUUUUUUAACACAAGCAUCCUCCAACAGGCCACUUUUAUCUGGCCUGACCUUUUUUACAAAGCUCCCUGCUAGUACUUAUCCUGCUGUUUAUCAUCUCUUAAGUCUGUUAUGACCCUAGCGUGUAAAGGGGCAGAGUAAUUGCCUCUAGAGGGUUUGCGCUUCUUCUCAUAGCGGCUGCAGGUCAGCCUGAUUCAGUCAGCAUUAUCAAGGCCCUCUCUGAGCCUGGCCCAAAGCCAGAGUCGCAGCUAAUAAACAGCCAAGACACAGCUCAUAAAAUAGUAUUAUAAUAUAUAAAUAUUAUAUAUAUAAAUGAAUAAACUAUUUUAAAAAGGGGUAGGCAGAAGAAAACGCUUGCUUCUUAUGUAAAGCAGUUUGAAUUGUCUUGUACAUGAAAUGUGCUAUACAAAUAAAUUUGCCUUUCCUUCACGUCAUUUUUCAUAUUUUUUCCUUUUUUUAAAGUUUUGUUUUUUAAGUGAUCGUUGUGUAACAAGUAUAAUAUAUUUGGCUGUAAUCUUGCUCAUAACUUGUGCCAUCAGAAAAUUAAGCUUACUCAAAAUGCUGAUCUGGUCUAACAACCUAAAGAUAAUAAAACACACUA